GAAUUUAUAAAGGUGUUGCUACUCAAAUAAAGAAUAAAAAUUCUUUUAUUUUACAACAUCAUUGUAUUUCACACCAUUUAGCUUUAGCAGCUAAAGAUGCCACAAGUAAUAUAUCUGAGUUUCAUCAAUAUAAAACUUUAGUACAUGAAAUUUAUAGAUAUUUUUCUAAAAGCCCAGAACAAAUAUUACAAUUAAAAAUGAUAGAAGAACAAACUGGAGAUCCACAACUUACAGUUCUUAAUAUUAUUAAUACACAUUGGCUUUUUUUGUUAAAUGUUGUUAAUAAUUUGCAUCAAAUACUUAAUUCUAUUAUUGAUGUGUUACUUUCUAAUAGUAUUCAUAGUAUAAUUGCUGCUACAUUAUAUAAAAAAAUUAAUGAUGAUUUUGUUAUCAAAACAAAGUUUCUUGCAGAUAUAUUAGAAAUAUUACAUAUUACAAUUCAAGCUAUUGAUAUUGUAUUUAUUAGAAGUAAUAAUAAUAAGCCAACAUGGGGUAUAUAUUUGUACAACUAUAUGAAUGAUAAUUAUAUUACUUCAGAUCAACUUCCAAGUUUUAUUAAUCUUCCUGUUGAGAAUCAAAAAUUAUUUAAUGAAUAUGGGUUAAAUCAAAUUACUAUAUUAAGUAAUUUUUAUGGUACAGAUAAACCUGGUUUAGAUAACAAUUUCCAAGCAAUUAUUAUUGCUAAUGAGCUU